UCUUCUUUUAUUUAGAUGAUUUUUGGACUCUCCUGGAGUUCUGGGGAGCACGACAUUGAAACGCCACAUGGCGUUCUCCAUGUGACAAUGAGAGGCGUUCCAAAGGGUAACCGACCCAUCAUCCUCACCUAUCACGACAUCGGCCUCAACCACAAGUCUUGCUUCAACACCCUGUUUAACUACGAGGACAUGCAGGAGAUCACCCAGCACUUUGCUGUGGUUCACGUCGAUGCGCCCGGCCAGCAGGAGGGAGCGCCUCCCUUUCCCAGCGGGUAUCGCUAUCCAACCAUGGAUGAGUUGGCCGAAAUGCUGCCCUCUGUGUUGACUCAGCUGAAGUGA